AUGGGGCUAUUACAGGUGAAAGCAACGAAUAGCCUAUGUGGUGGCUCAAGUCGGCUUCGUUAUGCAAUCCAGGACAGUGGUGAGGUAGCGAAGAUUUUCAACGUUGAAUCGAUGACGGGUACGAUUUGUUUGGAGAAAAAGCUUGACUAUGAGAAGAAUGUCAACCAUCAACUUACUAUAGCAGCUAUAGAUCAAAAUGGCUCAACUGGAACAUGUCUGGUCAGUAUUCGAGUGCUUGACGUCAAUGAUAAUCUGCCAAUCUUCUAUCCGUCUCACUAUAACGUCACCGUCCGAGGAAG